UAAUAAAAGAAAACGUAAUAAUGAGUCCAAAGGACUGCAUUACAAGAUGGUUUUAAUCAAUAUUCAUUUUCAAAUUUUCAUAUGUAAUAUCUGUUUAUAACGUCUCGUGCUUAUUUUUGCAAACAUAUUUUAUAUAAAUUUGUAUAUGAAACACCAAUUGUAAGACAUGAUAAUAAUUUAAUGUUACAGUAAAAAACAAAGCAAAUAAUUAAAAACAGUUGCUUUGAUUCAUACAAGACAUAGAUGAAACAUUCGAAAUUUUCGAGUUUUGAGUUUAAGUCGUUCCAGAGAAAAACUGACGAUUUUUGAUGUGAUAAUUUUUUACCCUGGAUUGCAUAGGGCCCAACUUUAAGUGGUAUUGUCUUUUUCAAAUUGAUAUUAUUGUUCACCAAUAGGGAUGGGGUGAUACCAUUGCUAGAUUGAUUGCUAGAUUCAUGUCUAACAAGUCGCGUCCUACUUUCAAGGCAGUUAACCAAAUGUGAAUCGUAAUAAGAAAAACAAAAAUCAUAUUCAUAGCAAAUUCUUCCAGGUUUGCGCUAAUGCCUGCAUCUUUCAAAAGGACUGCAGAUAGACUCUUGUAAUAUCAAUCGACAAAGAAGCAUUUUCUAAAUCGAUUAAAGAACACAGUCCGUCCAUCAGUCUCGGCGUGUAAUACCUGUCUGUGAGCGUAUUUAUGUUCAACGUACAACGAUUUCGAGAUAUUUUUGAUGAAAAUUUGUGCACUGACAUCUUUUGGCGGAAGAGCGAAAUAAAGUGGGUUCGAUGGGACCAUUUUUAGGAAAAUUACUCAUAUAAUGACACAAAACGACACAAUUUUGCAUUUCUCUACACAAAUUGAUGGAAGAUAUUGAGCCUUGCUACAGGUUGAGACCAUUUUUCGCUAUUUUGAAAAAGUGCUUAAAAGAAAUAAUUUUUUUAUGAAGGCAAGGUCGACGUAAACACGAGUUGGUACCAUAACCCUGGCUAACAAUGUUGCGUCACUUUUCAUGUGGUAGUUCUCAUAAAAAAUAACUCUUUAUGUGAUAUAACGAAAAGCCAGCUUAGGCCGACCUUUGACGUAUCGCUUUUGAUAAUCGGUCUCAAUCCAACCAAUUUGUAAAGCUUUUAUUCUUCUUAACGUAAAUAAUAACUAAUGCAACAAACUUUUUGUUUGGCGGUGAAGGUGUUAAGAGAUUUUUAAACAAACAAAAAAUAUAUGUAUAUAUACUUAUAGAGAGAGAAACAAUGUUUGGCUAAAUACUAAGUGCUCUUGCUGAAAGUUUGACUUCAAUCAGCGAAUCCCCAAAGUUACUAAGCUGAUUAUUUACCAUCUCACGCACACUCUCAUAAGUGAAUGUAUCUAUAGUAGGAUAUGGGUGAAUUUGUAGAUGUAUCCAUUCCUAUGUACAUAUGCAUAUGUAUUAAUAGCUAUACAAGCGAUAUUUAUGCAUCGUUGCCACAAGUUGUAGCGAAAACGUUUCAAACAUUUCCAUAAAAGUUUGUUUACUCUCAGAGAUUUCUGCGAUUACUUGGCAGCAUUAGCCUAUUGCUAGCAUUGUUAUUGUAAUUUUGUUUGCUCUGAGAGAAAAUUUCUCUCAUUACUUGGCAGCAUCAUAGUAUUGCUGGCAUUGCUAUUGUAAAAUUGUGUUUGGCCUGAGAGGAGUUCGACAGAGAAAGAGAAUCACUUUUUAACAAUCGCUUACAUUGAAUAUCAUGAAUAUAACUCUAAACAUUUUCUAGAUUUUUUUCAGUCGCUUUUUUUCUCUUGAAACGUGCAAGCGGAAUAAAGUGAUUAUCUAUUUUAAUUGAAAUUUUUUAAUAAAAGAAUGACUCUCCGGUAAAGAGCUUCUGUUGUGACACUACAGGUGGGAGAUACAUAUACAGAAAAAAUUCAUUAAAGUGAGAAAAUGUAGAAGAAAAAAACGAGAUCUUUUUUUUGGCUUAUUCUUGUGUUGUAAUGGCCUUUAAAAAAGGUUUUUGUUCUUUGAGAAAAAAGAAAAGAUCUCCUAAUAAUAAUAAUACAAAUAUUAGACAUUUUAAAAGCUUUUCAUUCGCUGGUAUACGCGUAGACUUGUAUCUGUAUUUGUCUCCCUUACUAUAAGUUAUUUCCGUUGAUUGAAUGGACGGUCGGAAAAAAUGUUAUAAACCCAGAAAAAGAAGAGAUACAAAUUAAUAACCAACAAUAUACGCCACAAUACAUUAUUAAAAAAAAAAAAAAUUUUUUUUUCAGUGAUUUUAAUGAUUUAUUUAUUUAUUUGUUUGUUUGUUACUCAUUCGUUGUGUAUCAUAUUUGACGCGUUCAUGUGCGAAGAAAAAAAAAGAAAAAAACAUUAAAUAAACGUUUAAAAUAACUGCAGCAGUGGUAGCGAUAGUUAACGUGCCCGACACUACUUUGAUCACUUCAAAAUCAGUACCUUUUAUUAUACCAAUGCAUGCAAUAGAUCGUGAGCUUGUUUGACUCUGCGUGUGUGUGUGUUUGUAUGUGUAUAUGUAUAUAACGUAUUGUAAUGUGCAAAAUACGAUUUUUAUUAUUAUUAUCAUAUUAGCUUUUCUUGAAAGAUUUUGUCUUUUUUUUUUUUUUCUUUUAAAUGCAUAAAUGUACAAACGAUACAUAUAGAGUACAACAGAAAAACUUGUUCGACUACGUUUGGCAAAACCUUCCAUUAAAUAAUACAUACAAAUAUACAUGUACGUGUACAUAUACACUCAUAAAUUUUUACUCAUUUUUCUUUUUCGUGCUUUUCUGGUCUUUUGUUGUGAUCAACAAAAAUGCCAAAUAACAACCAAAAGAAAGAGCAUUAGCAGCAAUUCUUUUUUAUGAUUAGCUAAGAUCUGCAUAGUUGCUGUAGUUGUUUGUGCAUUGUUGUUCUUGUUGUUAUGAUGACGAUGGUGACGAUGCAAUUGUUGAAGGCACUCAAUGCUGUAUGUUUGUUACCAAGGGCUUAAAGUACCAUAAAAUAAGAUUUAAAUAUCAUGACGUACACAAAGGCAUAAAAGGGCUUAAUUCAAUCACCCAUUCGCGGAGCACAGCUCCAAUUUCAACCAUGUAAAAGAACUGAAAAAAUUUUAUUAUAAAUUACAUGCACAUGAAUUACCCAGGAAGGGGAAUAUUUUUAUAAAGAAUUUUUAUAUAGAAAGAAUUUUAUUAUAGAUAUUGUGAGAGACCAACUCUACCACCUAAUUUUUUUUUUUACACGGCACAUACGUUCUUUAGAAAAUCGUGCAAAAAGAAUCGCGUUAAAAAAAUACAUGCUCUGUACAGUGAAUUAGAUGAUAUGUUCCAUAACUUUAAAUAAUCGUGUACAAUGGAAAAACUCUAAUUAUUUUCCCGAAAAACCGUGCAAAAAAAGUAUAUAAGAAAAAUCAUUCGUUUUUACGACAAAAAAAAAAGAAAUUAAAAUUUGUGCACAGUGAAAAUUCGGUCCAUAAAUACAAUAUUUGGUCGCAUCAAAAAUGUCAUCAUUAACAGAUAUGUCAGAUAUGUGUCGCACGAUUGUCGGGAAGGAGAAUGAUCAUAUCAUUCGGAUAUCCACGGUAGUAGGUUACUAACAUAUGCAUGGUCACAUAUCAACCGGCCGCCCUCUGAUCAUGGUAUUUCUGCCAUUGUAUAUUGUUACUGCUUAGUUUCCCUAAGCCAUUGUCAAAAAAUUAGGAAUAAAGCAAAACUAUUUUUAGGGAUUCGCGCUAAAGCAAACAAUUCGUGCAGCAAAGUCUAUUUGUGCUUAUCGGCAAGCCAUGCUAUUUCCAAAUCGGGUAGAAAAAACGGCCCACAAAAAGAGGGUUAUAUAUUUAUUCUAAUUUCUUUCCAAUAUUUACUGUUUUAAUAGAGGGUCGAAAUUUCAAUAUGCAUCGUUUACAAAUUCUCACGUACAGUAUAUCGAUAUCGUGGUUCGUUUAGAUACACAACCUUAAAAAGCUGAGUAAUUUGAAAAACAAACAAAAUAUAAGCAUUUUGUCUCUAAUGACAUGGCACUUCUAUCCGACAUCGAUCUGGAUCCAGCAGACCUUUAAAAAAGCAGACAAAAAAAAAAAAGGGAAUUUAGUUUGCGCGUUCACAAAGAUUUAAUAAAUCCUACUAAACAAGAAACAUCGUAUGUAGAUUGCUCUCCUGUUUAUUUCCUUGGACUUCGAUUCGGUGUAUUUUAGUAAACAAAAAAAAAAUAAAUAAAUAAAUAAAUAAAUUUCUACGAUAAUAACUACAAACAUAUUAUGCAACAACAACAAGAAUAACAGCAGUACCAACACCAACGGCAACGACUUCAACUGUAACCUCAAAUUGCAAAUUUAUAAGCAAAAAAAAAAAAAAUUUUUUUUUUUCUUUAAAGUGUCUAUGUGCGUGUUAGUGUAGGUUUACAUAAUAGAAUUUAACUAUUAUUGUUGUGUCCGUUAAAUGUAUGAAAGCGAAUAGUAAAAAAAAAAAUAUUAAAAAAAAAAAGUUUUACACCGAAAUGUUAAUAACAUAAACAUUAACUAAACAUAAAUGUUGUAAAAACAUUGAUCUACUUUUCGCAUUAUUUUAAAUAUUUAACAAAAAAACAAAAUUCGAAAUUUUUUAUUAACGAAAAGGAAAGAGAGAGAGAGAGAGAGAAGCACGAUUGAUAUUCAAACGCUUGAUUAAGUUGCAGUGCUUUCUAUUGGAAUAAUUUCCACUUUGCAUACCAAUCACCCCGGAAUUGUAAUAUUCUUCGCGUUUGUCAAGGCGAAAAAACGUUUCACUUUGAUAAAAACGCUUGGCUUACUGUUAAGCAGACAACAAAUUGAAGAGAAAGUAAAAACUUCCGGAAAGAUGGCAACCAUGCCCGUUGUUUGGUGUUCCGAUCCGAAAUCGAUCAAUAACAAACCGAUUGCGUUUGCUUUACACGGCAUACAAUUGCAGGGCAAUGUUACAGAAAAACAAGUUUUAGCAUUGCGUGAAUUAGUGAAUGCUGCUGCAGAAGGCCGUUUGAUUUUACCCUCGGACGGUACUUUCAUGUUACUCGAGAGUGGCAUCAGUAUAGAAAGUUCUAUAGUGAAAAAUAGCAAACUUUCGAUUGGCGGCAAUAAAGAGAAUAUUGAUCGGAAUAAUGUAAUGAACGUAGAUGCUGCUAAAGUGAGUGAAAAUCUCAAGAAAGCGUAUUUAAUUAUGCCCAUGAAAACGGCGGCAUGUAAUAGUGCCAAUGUACCUUCGACAACGCCCAGCACAAAGCCAUAUUCGGCAUUUAAAAAGGACCUACCAUUAGAACCGAAAUAUUCAACAACAUUCCUUGAACCGCCGUCAUGCGCAGAAGGUGAGAUUUUAUAUGAAUUUUUAUGCUGCGCUAAAUGCAUGAACGAAGGUCAUAGGUCACGAUGUACCACGAAGCAAUCUACACCGAAUUUUGCCAAUAAUCGUAAAGCACAGUUCCAGACGCUCUUGCAACGUUAUUUGAAAUCGCGUGAACGAUCUUACGCGCAUUCACGCAAUACUCUGUUAAAUGAUAGUUUGAACGGUAAAGGCAAUGGUAAAGUCAAUGAUCUACAACAAUUGGUUUGUCCUGCAUUUACAAUUGCCAAUAAACACGCACGACGAUAUCAACGCAAACAUUGCAAUAUAUCGGCCGCGAAUAUUAUGCGUAAUCGUCACAAUAAUCGUCAUAAAUUACCUAUGCAAAGUGUCAAAGCCUUUCACAAUCGUAAUGCGUGCCCUAUUGCAGGCGGUGGCGAUGAUGGUGGUGGUGGUGGUGGUGGUUGCGGUAGUGUACUAACAAACGGUUUACGUAAAGCAAAAACUACAGCAACGAUUAGUAAAAUAACACCAUUGGUUUUAUCGAGCACAGUCGAUCAGCAACCGUCAUCAUUACCGCCAUUAACUUCAACUUUGGCUCUGUAUGCAACGGUCAAUAAAGAGCAGCUUACAAAUGUUGAAAAAACGUUACUAUUGACGAGUUCAGCGCGGCCUUCAGUUGAGAUCGCUCGUAAUUCGAAAGUUGACAUGAAAGUGAAAUAUAAAAAAAAUAACGAUAUAACGGAAACGUGUGCCGUGAAAAAGACGAAGAGUGUUAACAAACAAAGGCAGCGAAAGAUCGGUGCUGUAAUUGGCAGUUUGCAGGAUACGGUUGAGAAUGAACUGGAAAAUGUUCGGAAUGAAAGAGGACAAAUAAUCUGUGAUAGUAUGGAUAUAAUGGAUGCGACAUCCGGUUGUCCUUCUCCGAUAGUUAAGGAUUUAAUUAGUUUCGAAGACGUUGAGGACACAAAAAACUCAGCUAAACCUAUGUCCUUUGCAUCAAGCUAUUGUGAUAAUAAUCAAACUGUAGAUUUGCUUUCGCGUCCCAAUGAAGAUCUACCGCAGGCGGUAGCGGCUAUCGAGCCAUUCGAGACCAUAAUAAUUGAAAGAAAUGUGAAUACGAACACAUCACCUCCACCGGCUCGAAGUAACAGCUCAAGCCGAAAGACCAGUUUUGAUUCGACUUGCACUAUAAGUUCGAUGGACUCGGGCUUUAUCGAAAUGCAAAAUAAAACUGAAAACUCAUUUCAAACGCAUCCGUCCUUAUCAAGUAUAUUUAAUAAUUUAAUUGUAAGUUCAAAUGGUGAUAACGUACAUAAUCCAACUCGCCUUCACACGAUGGAUCAUGAAAUUGGAAGUGAAAAAAUCGCUCGUCUCAACUAUAAGGAAUGCUUAACACAAUCACGUAAUCGACGCAAAUCUUAUGAGGAAUUUAAAGCCUUAUUUGUAACAACGGAAACCGCACAUACGGAUAGUUACUCUGCCGAAUGUAAAUCACAAGUGCGUCGCAAAAAUUAUCAAGAUCUUAGAAAGAUGCUUGAGAAAGAGGUGCAAUGCGAAAUAUCAUUCAGUCAGCCAAUCAGUGAAAAUAUAGAAAGCCCAAUGACUGCGUCGACUACGAAGACUUUAGAAUCAAUAUCCGAACAAGAAACAGCAGCAGCAGCAGCAGUAGCAGCAGCAGCAGUAACAUUAACAAAACCAUGUGCAAUAAUACCUACAAUACAAGUAAAGGCAACUAAUCUAACUGAACAGAAAAACGCGAAUUUAAAUUUUAACUGCAAUAGAGAUGAUGGCAAACCGGAUUUGGUAAACGGGUUUAAUGCCGUACCAGGCACAAGUGACACAAACACAAACACAAUAAUAAUUCCUGUUGAUAAUGAUAAUAAAGUUGAUAUUGCUGUCGUCGAUACAUUAGCAUUGACCACGAACAGAGUAACCACAACCACAUCCAGCAAUACCACAAAUAUUUUACGCAAAAAUUCCGAUUUCCUAGCGAAAAUUCUCGAUAAUCAUACGAUGACCAAAGAAAAAGAAAAAGCCCAAACGCGUCGUAAAUCGUAUGAAGAAUUCAAGCGUUUAGUGCGUGAAUGCGAGACAACGACUUCGGAGAAGCAACCAAUGGAUAUGGUGGCACCGUUCAAGCGUCAAAAUUCACGACAUCGCAAAAGUUAUGGAUCAUUUCUAUUGACGCGUCGCAAUUUUCUCAAAACCAAUGAUCAUGCCAAGAAAUCAGGAUCGGAUGCGGCUCCCACAUCUCAGGGAAAUGAGACAAUCGCCGAGCCAAAACCCGGUUCACUUCAAUUACAAUCUCGUUCCUUAGUAUCUAACGUCAAAGCCAAUUCACCGAAUGCCGCCUAUAAACGCAACUUGAAAAUUUACGACAAAUUAGUCUAUGGCACCAUUUACGAUAUUAUUCAACGUAAAAAUGAUAUUUACAAUCUAACCUAUCAACACUACGACAAGUAUAUGACUUACGGGACAAUUUAUGAAAUUUUACGCCGUAAAACUUCUCAAACGUCUAUUUCAUCCCCAACAACGACGUCAUUGCCGACAACAUCGUCGUCCUCGUCGUCCUCGUCGUCGUCAUCGUCAUCGACGUCGACUUCAAGCUGUAAUGGUCCAUUUCAACUUAAAGGUUUAUCGGCGAUCUUAGACAGAGAUGUUUCCAAAAAGGGUAAACGCACAGAUUUGGAAAGACUUAAAAAGUCUGGUCUUAUUUAUGAUAUUAUUCAGAAGCAACAGCAAGAGAACAAACCACCUAACACAGAAGAGCACAACGAUGCGAACAACAAAGAUAUUAUCCAGCGAACAGCAGCAACGAAUACAGACAAUAGUGCAAUUGCUGUCGUCCCAACAUGCAAAUAUAGUACAAUUUACGAUAUUUUGCAAGAAGAGAAAAUCGAUGCGACUGCUGCAACUGAAUUAAUAACAACAACAACAACAACGAAUGAAGCAAAAAGAUUAAUUAAAGGUAAGAAUCGUUUUGUGGUCAGUAGAAUUAAUGAAACCAGCAGCAACAGCAACAGCAGCAGCAGUAAACUCAACGAUAUUCCAGCAAAAGUCGUUAACGAAGCUGCUAAUAAAAGUGCUUUGAAAAAUGUCACGACCAACGAUAAUGCCAGCAAUAAUGCCACAAAGUCAACAAAAUCAAAUAAAAUGCGAAGAUUAUCGAAUAUGCUAUCCUACAGUAUAUUAGACACAUUAUCAGGUGGUAAUCAUGCAAAAUAUGAUAGUAAAGCGCAAGAAAUGAAAAUUCAGGUCAACAAUCGCGACAAUUCGGAAAAGAGAAGUACGCAUAACCUAUCAAAUUUAAUACCACUUGACAGCGAUGAAUUGUAUACGCGUGUAGCGGCGAAACGUCGCGGUAUCACGGGCGGGCAAAUAGUUAAAGCGAAUUCGCUUGAUGCCAUUUCAACUGCGGUAACAAUAUCGCCGCCUUUGUCUCCAACACCUACACGACGAAUCGCAGCCUUUACGCAAUUAUGCGCAGGCAAAAAGUUAUCUUAUGCCAAUAUUGCUGAAAAUAAAAAUUGCUGCUCCUCCGCGAAAGUCAAAGACCUGCCAAAAUUGCGUCGUUUAUCAAAUCAAAUGUCACCUCCGCACUGCUUUUGUUGCCAACCCGCAAACCAUAAUAGUAAUGAUGAUGAUGAUGAUGAUGAUAUAAUCGCCGAUAUAUCAAAUACUCUAGAAUUUACUUUUUUGCCAAAGCCAGCAAUUUCUUCGUGUUCUUCCCCCCUAUCGACCAACGACCUAAUACACGAUUGCUGUUGCGAUGAUACGUUUAUCAAAACCAAUGAAAACAUGAAAUCAUUACGCAAUGCCGACAAUAUAAUGGGUUCUUAUGUCGGAGGUGUAAUUGAAGCAGUGACUGCAGCAGCAGUAGCAGCCUCGCAGCAAAUUACGUGCUCUGGUACGCACUCGUUAACGGCGGGUAAAACGGCCGACCAAUGCGCAUGCCCAUGCUUAGCAAAUAGAAGCAAUUGUCCGAACUCAAGCUUAUCGUCGACAAUAAUUGCGUGUAAUAGUAAGACUUUGAAUACAACAACGCCGGCAGCGAUAACUGUAGCAGCUAAAAAAGGCAAAUCGCGUCGGCUCUCAGAAUUUACGCGUGGCGAAUUUUUAAACGAGAAACCCGAUUCGCGAUUGACGCCUACAAGCCUGCAAGCGAGCAGUUAAUAGCAUUAAUACGAAUGCCGUUGACAUUAUCUAUGAGUAAUGAAACUGUGCUUGAACGAACGGUGUUAAUAAUGAUGAUAACGAUGUAAAAACAUUGUUGCAAGACAACCAAAGAAUUCAACGUCAUCCUAGGGCGUGCAUUUUCGUUACCUAUGAAGUUAAGAAAUUGUGUCAUUAACUGCAAAAAAUAAAUUUGUAAACAACAAAACUGUUAUUUGGCCGUUAAAGAGAACACACAUAUGUUGGACAUUAACCUAACUAUAAUAUACUAUCAUGUCGGUAUGUUCAUUUACUUAUUUUUUUUUUUAUGCGUGCUUGAAACUUUUAGAUUAAACUAUGUAUGAAAUGUAAUGUAAAAAAGUACGUAAAUAAGAAACCAGUAUACAUACGAACGCUUGUCUGGGAUAUGCACUGUGGCUCCAGUUUUUGAUUGUGCUCUUUUUAAGUAGGGGACUAGGGCUCUGCUCUGCCUCUAUUAAGUAUAAAAUGGCCAAGAUUAUUGUUAUUAUUACGCGUGAUCAACAGAAGAGAUUCAUUGUACUCGCCCAGGUCCCUCGACUUCCAGUUUCAGGAUUCUUCUGAACCCCGCCAACUUACCUGCUUCGGGGUAUCGUACUAUUACUCAUAUGUGUUAUGAUAAAACACUUGACAUUUGAUUCUUUAGGUUGGCUCGGCUUCACGUAAGAUGUAAUGCGACGUUUCGCUUAUCACUUGACAGGUAUAAUUUAUUUCAUCAUCUCAUUGAAGCAUUUCGGUAUGUUCAAGUGACGUAGCUAUGAUUGAUGUAUGAACUUAUCACAGCCCAACGGAAUUACGAAAAAAUCGAAUUUGCAAUUGAGACAAGACGGGAAAGAUUGCAGUCAAUAUUUGUUAAUGUUGUUCACUACUUUGAAAGGGGUAGAAAAAUAAAAAGUACACUUAUUUAGCGUUACUUGGAUCAGUUGAGUACCAAUAUCAAAAAAAAAAAAACCUAAAGGAGUUGCAUUCAGCUAUGACUGGAUCAUUUUCAUUACCAAUCUUUACAUUAAAAAAUUCAUUGCUGCGGAUAGUAAGUAAAAUAGUCACUUUUUUGCAGAGGUGUUCGUUAUGCUGCAGGCGUCUUUCUCGACCGAUUAGACCCAUUGUCAAUAUAAACAUACUGCCGCAUAGACGAGCCGACAGGUGUCGAAGCUACCAAUUAGUUGUUCACGGCUUCGAGUCUCAGUUCAGUAGACAAUGCUUUGCCCUAGUUAUGGUGUCUGUUCAGCCGGUGAAGGCAUCACGCUUAGCACCCAUUAGGGUACGGCGAUCUCCAUCUCCAUUCCC